GAGCUUUUGUUUGAUCUGCCCGUUUAAAGUCUCGGGCAAACACCUGCCCGGAACAUAAAAAGAUGAUUUUAUUAUAUUUAUAUAUCCUCUGGUGAAAGAAGCUAAAUAUAAAGCUUCCAUGGCUUAAUCUUGUUCAAGCUCUUCUUCUCUUCUCUUCUCUUACCUGCGUCUCGUCUCGUUCACUAGGUUUUUAUAGUUUUGUCCGAACGGGAGAGCGAUGAUGAUGAUGAUGAUGGAGUGUGAACGUUGAACAGUUUCGACGAUCGCAUGGCUGAGAUUUGUUACGAGAACGAGACGUUGAUGACGAAAACGACGGCGAAGGUUGUGAAGAAGACGACGACGACGACAACGAGGAGACGAGAACGAAGUUCUUCUCAAGCAGCGAGAAGAAGGAGAAUGGAGAUCCGGCGGUUUAAGUUUGUUUCCGGCGAACAAGACGCUGUCUUCGUCGACGGAGAGUUACAGAAACGGAGGGGACGAGAAGCCACCGUCGCAGCCUCAGCAUCCGCCGUGUACUACGAAACGGCGAAGGAAGUCGUCGUUUUAUGCGAGUCUUUGAGUUCGACGGUUGAGGCAUUGCCUGAUCCUGACGCUUAUCCUAAAUACGGCGUCGCUUCAGUAUGUGGAAGAAGACGGGAAAUGGAAGACGCCGUCGCUGUGCAUCCGUUUUUUUCCCGUCAACGAACGGAAGGGUUUCACUACUGCGGCGUUUACGAUGGUCAUGGCUGUUCACAUGUAGCGAAGAGAUGUAGAGAACGACUACACGAGCUAGUGCGUGAAGAGUUCGAAGCUGAUGCUGACUGGGAAAAGUCAAUGGCGCGUAGCUUCACGCGCAUGGACAUGGAGGUUGUGGCUUUGAACGCCGACGACGGUGCGGCGAAAUGCCGUUGCGAGCUUCAGAGGCCGGACUGCGACGCCGUGGGAUCCACAGCCGUUGUCUCCGUCCUCACCCCGGAGAAAAUCAUCGUGGCGAACUGUGGUGACUCACGUGCUGUUCUUUGCCGUAAUGGGAAGGCCAUUGCUUUGUCCUCCGAUCAUAAGCCGGACCGUCCGGACGAGCUAGACCGGAUUGAAGCAGCGGGAGGUAGAGUUAUCUACUGGGAUGGCCCACGUGUCCUUGGAGUACUUGCAAUGUCACGAGCCAUAGGAGAUAAUUACUUGAAGCCCUACGUAAUCAGUAAACCGGAAGUAACCGUGACGGACCGGGUCAACGAAGACGAUUUCCUUAUUCUAGCAAGUGACGGUCUUUGGGACGUGGUUUCAAACGAAACUGCAUGUAGCGUCGUUCGCAUGUGUUUGAGAGGAAAAGUCAACGGUCAACUUACAUCCUCGCCUGAAACGGAUGGCGCCGGUGCGGGGAAUGUGGUGGUCGGAGGGGGAGGAGAUGUAUCAGAUAAAGCGUGUGAAGAGGCGUCGCUGUUGCUGACUAGGCUUGCAUUGGCUAGACAAAGUUCUGACAACGUAAGUGUUGUGGUGGUUGAUCUACGACGGGACACGUAGUUGUUUCUUGUCUCUCUCUCUCUUUCUCUCUCGUAAUGUUUGUUUUUUUGUCCUUAGAGUCGUCAACGACUUAUGGGGCUUUCUAUUUUAACCUUUUUUUGCUCUUCGGUGUAAGACGUCGAAGGGUUUUUAAUUUUAGCUUGACUUUUGGUUAUGUCUCUGUUUAGUGAAUAGCGGUUUAAAUCUACAGAAUUUUCACCGUCGUGAGAAAGUAAAAAAACCCGUGAACUUUGGUACA